AUGAUUCGAGAUCCGUUCAACCUCCACCGAAACACAAGCACUUUUAAUCGCCCGCAAUCUCGAAACAUUCCUGCGCCAUCGAGGGUCGAGGCAAAUGAAGUAGCUAUGGCCUUCUCUAUGCCCCGAACCGCUCCAGACUUCAAUAGUCGCCAACGAGAUCUCGAAGAUCAAUUCUGGGGUUCUGGACAAAGAUCCAAGAAGUCAGAUCGAUUACCGAUGUACAAGGACAAACCCUUCGCGAUGCCUUACGACGAUGAGGACAGACCAUGGUGGAAACGCAAGAAGGUGCUGGGUAUCAUUGCCCUCAUCUUUACGUUGAUAUACUGGUUUGGAUCUUCAUCCAAGGCUCCCAAAAAGAGGACCGUAACGACCGAUUGGAGCUUUACAGGCUUGUCCAAACACGAUAAGAAGGUGGACUGGGACCACAGGAGAGAUCGUGUGGUAGAGGCAUUUGAACUGAGCUGGGAUGCCUACAGUCGUCAUGCUUGGGGAUUCGACGAAUUUCACCCUAUAAGCAAGACGGGUGAGAAUAUGGCGCCUAAGGGGCUUGGCUGGAUCAUUGUCGACUCCCUGGAUACCAUGAUCUUGAUGAACCUGACCUCCCGUCUGCAAGACGCCCGCGAAUGGAUUUGGGAAUCAUUGACAUGGGAUCAAGACCAAGAUGUGAAUACUUUUGAGACCACCAUUCGCAUGAUGGGCGGUCUUCUCAGUGCACACUACUUAUCUACCGAAUUUCCAGAGCUCGCGCCAGUGCCAGAGGACAAACUAGGACCCGCUGGAGAAGACCUGUAUUUGGAGAAGGCCAAAGACCUGGCUGAUCGUCUCAUGAGUGCUUUCGACUCUCCAUCCGGUAUCCCAUAUGCAAGUGUCAACCUUCAAAAGUUCCAGGGUAUCGAGUCGCAUGCCGAUAACGGGGCCUCUUCGACUGCUGAAGCGACAACCCUUCAACUUGAGUUCAAGUACCUUGCAAAACUCACCGGAGAGAAGGACUUUUGGGAUAGAGUUGAAAAUGUCAUGAAAGUUGUCGACGAUCAGGGAGCCCAAGACGGCUUGGUCCCCAUCUUCAUCUAUGCAGGCACAGGAAAGUUCAAAGACGAAAACAUCCGACUCGGGAGCCGUGGCGACUCAUACUACGAAUAUCUCAUUAAACAAUAUCUUCAAACGAACAAGAAAGAACCUAUCUACCAAGAUAUGUGGUAUGAAGCUCUUGAGGGUGUCCGCAAACACCUCGUCACAUACACGUCCAAAGAGAAGUUUACCAUCAUCGGAGAGCGACCUAAUGGGUUGGACAAUGCUCUCAGUCCCAAGAUGGAUCAUCUUGUGUGCUUCAUGCCCGGAACGAUAGCAUUGGCAGCCACGGAGGGUCUCACAGAGGCUGAGGCACGCAAGCUCCCUACCUGGUCCAAAAAGAAUGAUGAAGACAUGAAACUGGCACGCGAGUUGACGGAAACAUGCUGGGGCAUGUAUAAAUACAUGGCAACGGGUUUGGCAGCCGAAAUUACCUAUUUCGAAAUCGAUAGUGAACCACCGGCGUACGGGAACCCUCGCCAGGGCCCAGCCAACUUUGACCCAAGCCCAGACGCGCGAUGGCGCAAGGAUUUCACCGUCAAGUCAGGGGACGUUCACAAUCUCCAGCGACCAGAAACAGUCGAAAGUCUUUUCUACAUGUGGAGAAUCACCAACGAUAACCGAUACCGUGAAUGGGGCUGGGAAAUGUUCAAGUCCUUCAUGAACCACACAGCUGUCAGAAAUGGAGGGGGCUUUACGAGCCUGCGUAAUGCCAACGUCGUGCCACCCAAGGUACGCGACAACAUGGAAAGCUUCUGGCUGGCUGAAACACUAAAGUAUUUCUACCUCUUGUUCUCACCUUCAGAUCUUCUUCCUCUUGACAAGGUCGUUAUCAAUACCGAAGGCCACCCAUUGCCUCGUUUCGAUAUGGGGCAGCUGUUUACCACCGGAUGGCAAAGACAGCCAAGAGAUGUCAACGGGAAGAUCGCCGGCAAGACCAUCAAACUCGAUAGUGGUGAGAAGGAGGCUAUCAUGCAGGAUGCCAAAAAGGCGAAUUAG